GCAGAACGGCAGUGAGGCUGGUCGAGGCAGACUGAAGACUUUCUCCGUCUUGGCUCAAUCCGGGCUGAAGCACCAGGGUCGCCUCCCCCUGCUCCCUGCCCUCUUAAUACCUCGAGUCAAAGCGUGGGAAUUUUCUCCCUCAUUUCCUCCUACUUUGCUGUGCCAUCUCUGCUGGCUCUUUUUGUAAGUUGCCUCCUGUGUGCAUCGUCCUCCCCAUCUGUGCAGAAGGAAGGAUGCCUUUGCCUUGGACAAUGAUGCUUUUGCUUCCUUUCCUGCAGCCUUUGGAGACCAGGGGGAAGGAAGGUGCUGCCCCGCUUCUUCAAGAGCCUUCUAUAUCCUCCAGGAGGGAGCAGAGGGCUGGAGAGGGUCAUUUAACAAGGCACUUUGUCUCUCCAGAGGCGCUGCUGGAGAUGCCUGGAAGACCGGGCAGGCUGAGAUGGCCAGGAUCCCUUGGCAAUCAGAGGGGGUGGCAGCUGUCGGAAGAGCAACUGAGGUGGAGAAGGACUCGCCGGGGAACCGAGGAUGAAGAGCCCAAGCCAGUUCAGCAGUACGUUCCGGGAGUAGAAGUGGAGUUUCCUCGGCCCGUGCUCCCUGGCAGCUUACGGCCCACCAAGGCCCUGGUGCCGUCCAGCACGUAUCCCUCUGAGCAGCGCCAGCGGAGUCCGGCGGUCCACGGGGCCACAGAACUCCAGGACAAUACGACUGUGGCAUCAGGGAAGCGCCCUCAGAUCCAAAACCCUCUGUACCCAGUGACCGAGAGCUCUUACAGCGCCUACGCUGUCAUGUUCCUGUCCCUCAUUGUCUUUGCCGUGGGCAUCAUUGGGAACCUCUCCGUGAUGUGCAUCGUCUGGCACAACUACUACAUGAAAAGUGCCUGGAACUCCAUCUUGGCCAGCCUUGCCUUCUGGGACUUCCUCAUCCUCUUCUUCUGCCUGCCAGUGGUUAUCUUCAAUGAGAUCACCAAGAAGAGGCUGCUGGGGAGCAUCUCCUGCCGCGUGGUGCCUUUCAUGGAGGUAAGAGAUUCCACUGCGGUCCUCUCUGGUUUCUCAUCAGCAAUUUUGUGCGUCCUCUUUGGGGGGUAAUCUUUGAGCAUGUGCCCGGCUAUAUAUUGCAAGCUUGGACAUACCCCUCUCCAAUGUAACUCAGUGCCUUCUAUGCUAUAUAUUCUAACCUCAUAUGAAAGGCUGGAGCAGGCAUAGGCAACCUCAGCCCUCCCGAUGUUUUGGGACUACAAUUCCCAUCAUCCCUGACCACUGGUCCUGUUAGCUAGGGAUCAUGGGAGUUGUAGUCCCAAAACAUCGGGAGGGCUGAGGUUGCCCAUGCCUUGGCUGGAGGCUACACCAGCCUUCUUUCCAACCAGGCAACAGGUGUGUCCCAGAUCACUGAGAUGCCUUUCAGUAAGUGGAGAUAAGUAUGCUUGUUGGAUGAGGAAAGUAUUGCCACAGAUGGUAUUUUUAAAGCCUGAUUACCAUGGACAUUCAUCUGAACUGUGCUUAGGCCAUUUGAAAACUGCUGAGGGUCUUGGUGGACCACUUCAUGGUUUUUCUGCCUCUUGUAGCAAUUGCCACUGUGCUAGAUGCUCUCUGGUUUCUAUUUGUAUUUUAUUGCUUCUUUUAUUUCUUAUAGUUAUUUCAUUGUAUUACACUUUGAAUUUCAUAGAAGCGAUAGCAAUGCAAUUAAAAAUCAGUAUGGCUAUUUAACAUGGGCAUGCCAUGGACCACCUGAAUGAAGCUAGCCGACCACUGGUGGGAACUCCUUGCAUAGUGAUUCGUUGCUUCAUUGACUCCAGAUACUCUGAGCUACAGAACAAACAUGGGGAAGUUGUGCAUUAUUUGUCUAGAAGAAAACAAUAUAGGAUGGAAAUACAGCUAAUUUACGGAGCAAGGUUAUAAAUGCAAAUACUUUUAAGUCCCCUCAGGAAGAUAACGCCCCAAUUAAAAAUAAUAAACAUAUCAAACAGUUGCACUGACUCCAUUAACCAGCAGGGCUUCAGGCUGCUAUAACAAUCUAAGGCAAUUCAAAGAGCUGUAUUCAUACCAUUGCAAAGUUUUAUUCACAACUUUUAAAGGUUCGGAGCAGGUUUCUUGCAUGACAAGCACAGAGAAGGCAGAGCUGAAGUGGCCAUUCUUGGAAAAAUUCUCUCCCAUUGGAGACAAUGCAUUCCUCUUUAGGUACCACUGCCUUUAACAGUCAUGUGACAGGGAUACUACAUCAUGCUGGGAAAGGCUCUACCUGUUGAAUUUCUACCUGUUGUGCCUGCUUUUAAAAGAACAGAAAGAGACAGUAGUUGCAGCCCUAACUUUAAGACUUCAUCCAGGUACUUAUCACUUAGAGAUAUAUGCAGCUGUGUCGUAAGAACGUAAGAAUAACCUCUUGGAUCAGGCCAAUGGCCCAUCUAGUUCAACAUCCUAUUCUCACAGUGGCAGGAAACCCAUUAGAAGUGUGCCACAUUUCUAAACUGCAUAGAAGUUCCCCUCUACUUGGGUUGUGUACGCUUGUGCAUGUGAUGGCACAUGUUGAUAAUACUUCUGGUGUGUCUUAAGCUUUCGCACCUGGGGAUAACCUUAUCUUUUUUUAUAGACUGGACAGUUAGUCUGACGUACACAAAGGCUAAGUACCUCACUUCAGGUUCCAGGGGAAAUCUGUGGCAAUGGAAGAAACUGAACCAGGGAUUCAGCUAGUAUUUGAGGAGAGCCUGUACUUACCAUGAUGGGCAUGUGGAUCCUCUUUUGAAAUAACUAGCAGAAGAAGGAAGAGCAACCAAGUGACAAAUCCCUCUUCUACACAACUGUUGAAGGCGCAAUAAUUCUGCCCUCUUUUUCAUCUGCUCAUGCUAUCAAUAUAUUUGCUUUUGCACAUGAACCUCAAGCAUCCCUGUGUGCAGGCAACUGCAUCAGUCCUGAUAAUGUAUUUGUUUAGUGUUUCGGCAUAUCCAAAAUACAUUUUAUUUUCAACUGCAUUGGUUUCUAAGGCAGUGGGGUGAGGGCAGAUCCUGCACUCCUGUGAGUGCUCAAAACGUUGCACCUUUGAAAACAGGGAGGCUUACUUUUGAGUUAACAUGGAUAAGAUUGCACUGCACACGCAACAUUUGUGCAGAGUACCCUGCCCCCUUCCAUGCCUUGCCAGAGUGUGCCUAAAAGACAAGUCUGAAUAAUCAACCGCUGUCAAUGAAGAUGGUUGACAAAUGCUCAGUAUGGCGGAUCUCUGUGAAACUCACUCUGCACUUAAAGACAUGAAAACUAGGCUGUCAGGUGGAAGGAUGGCAAAGACAUGGUGGACCUGUACAUUUGCCAUGUAAUUCUGCCAUUAGAAUAUCAUUCCAUCUUCUGCCCCAAGGCACUUGGGCUUCAGAGGGUUCCUAUCCAAGGAAAGCAUCCUGGUGUGAGGCCAGAUUCACACAAUCCUUUAUCUCCAGUCAGAUGUGGGAAAAUAAAUUAACAUGGCCAUGUGGUGGAGCAGUUGUCUGAUUGUCCAGGAUUCUUUGGGAGAAACCAUUAUGUUUGAACUGGCACAAAACGGAUGUGAGUUAGAGCCAACCAACGAUCAGGAUCUAAACUACUAGCUCAUGCCAGCUUCAUUCCGGUUUGACCAUAAUGGCUUCUCCCAAAGAACAUUGGGGAUUAUGGGGCCAAACUAGACAUUAAUUACAUGCUUGGGAUUGGCUACAUCUUUCUUUUUGCCCCAAUUUUCAAAUGUUAUGUAGAAUUUUAAAAAUCAAGGCAAAUAGCAGCUGGUGUAAAACUCAAUUUCCAAUGGGAAGAAAGUGCAAGGAAAAUGAUUUUCCAAUUUUAAAAAUCUCACUUUCCGGAUCAGGAUAUGGGGCUUUGAAGCUGCUUUUUGUAAAUGAAGAGACAUUGCUGGUCCCAAAUGCAGGAUGCAAAAACAUGGUUAAAGUCAUGCCUAGUUUGGCUGCUAAAUUUGGUAAAGGUGUUAAGAAUUCUCUGUUACUGAUCCCUAGUCUCCCCAUCAAAUUACAUUUCCCUGAGGCCCAACCCUCACCCCCAAGAAAACAGGUGAUCAAUGACUGCUAGCCAUGACGGCUAUAUGCUACCUUCAAGAUCAAAGGCAAAAUGCCUCUGAAUGCCAGUUGCUGGGGAACAAGAGUGGGAAAUAAGAAUGCUCACGACCUGCAUGUCAGCUUCCCAUAGGCAUCUGGUUGGCCCCUGUGGGAAGCAGGACAUUGGAUUGGAUCAGCCUUUGGUCUGAUCCAGCAGGGCUUUUCUUACAACAGAACCAUCAAGACCAUUGUGUCAGCUCAUGGCCAGGCUGCAUUAGAGUUCAUUCGACCCACAAUUGGCCCUGCAAAUUUGUGUGGCUGGCUUUGUCUCAUAUAGGGCAAAGCACAUAGGAAAGCUCCAUAGAAUGUAGGCACCUUUCUUCUCAAAUAGCUCCGACUGAAGCUGGAGUGUUCUCAUUUGCAAUGAAUUGGAACUGCCCAGGUUUAUGGUAGUGCUCUUGCACACAUCUCAAUCAUUUCAACAGGGUUUGUACCAGGGAAUAUCCCAGUAGUUUAUGCCUAGGACUGAGAAGACAGGUGAUUUAUUGAAAGGACAAACGCCGGCUCCCUCGGCCUAUAGAGCGAGAUGAGCAUGCAACCCCAGAGUCAUCCACAACAUGUUUAAAUUCCAAUUAAAUGAUGCAUGUUUAAAUUCCAACUGGAACGGAAAUGAAAUUUUGUGCAGAUUAAAGUCUUUGCGAUUUCUUACAACCCAAUUGUUUACUUUCUGAAUGAUGAAUGUUUACAAAUGUGGGGCUAGGCUGGUAAGUGGGGGAGACCAAUGGGACCAUGUGUCGGUGGUCUUGAAAGUGCUACACCAUCUGCCAAUGAGCUACUGGGCCAAUUCAAGGGGUUAGUAUUAGCAUGGGACCCAAGUACCUAAAAGAGUGCCUUCCCCAAUACCAGUCAUCUUGGUCUUUAUGAUCAGCAGGUGAGGACUUGUUGGUGAUGCUGCCGCUGGAGGCUGUCCAGUUCGCAUUGACCCAUAACGGGGUCUUUACAGUAGUGGUUCCCCAUUUGUGGAACCAUCUUCCCUAGAGAAGUGAACCUGUCUCUUGUCCUGCAUAAUUGACUUUUCAGGAUAAAUUCAGACACAUUUCUGUUUACCAAGGCAUUUGGUAGCUGAAAGACAAUGUUUCUGGCAACCCUGAGAUCACUGGUUGAGAAAAUGUUUUAAAAUUGCUUUUGGAAUGUUCUGAACUAUUUAGUCCCCACCCCAAAAAAUAAUGUUUUAACAUUGCUGUGUCUACCACCCUGGGCUCCUUCUGGAGUAAGGACGGGAUAUAAACCAAAUGAAUAAAUAAAAAAUGAUGACGAUGAUAUUCAGACUUGACCCUUGGCAUGUAGGUUAGUUUUUAUAUAAUAUAUACAAGUUCCUUCUUCUCUCCUGUCCUUCCUUGCGAGAGAACGUGCCACGCAGGCUGCUUACUCUGUAGCUUCUCUGGUCGGUUCCUAACUCGAAGCAAGAUGAGAGCGAUGCAGGUGGUGGAACAUCUGUGAAUGAUUCAGUGCUUCACUAUGGGAACAGCUCCAUGCAUGGGUGAGGCAGGGAAGACAAUGCAGCCUUGGUAUUGUUUGGCAGGAUCACAGGCAGUAAGGGCCUGCUGUAGGAAAAUAGGGAAAUGCAGUCACGGAUCAAGGACUUAUUCAUGCAGUCCACACAUCCCAACACUGUCAGAGGCCGCUUCUGCUUGCUCUGGAGAAAUAUUUGCCAACAUCUGAAAGUCCAAAACAGGCUGACGGUGCUUGCAGACAUUUACUACCCUCCAUCUUAGAAGCUGCAUACCCAGUGCCACUCUGAAAGGAAAGCAACUGAAACCAGGACAGGAAUCUUAGUAUCUGCAGUCUUUCAGGGGGGAAAAUCCUGUUAAAUGCUAGAAUGUUAACAUGCUUGAAACUGCUGACUAUGAAAGCAGCAUAGUACAUAUUCUUUAUUCCGCUCCGUUUGUCAGACUUAAGUAGUUUGCAAAUUGCCUUUUAAUAAAACUUGCAGAGCAGCUGUGCCUUUGGAAGACAUUCUGGUUUAACCCAGCAGCUCAGCUUUUGCAAAAGUUACCCUGUGCCUUUGAGUUUCCCUUUCAGAACAAAUGUCAAGCACACGGCAGCUAGCAUUUGUCUGGCUGCCUCUUCUCUACCUCAAAGCAUCUCAGAGAGCAGAAGAGUUGUGGCAGGAAAGACGAUGCUGAACCCAUCCUUCACCUUCCACUUUCUCCCAAAACUCCCCAUGCAAGCUACUCCUCCCCUCCCAAGUUUUCUACCUUAAAAGCCCUUUUAAGGCUUUGCUUAUACAGUAGUACCUCGGGUUACAUACGCUUCAGGUUACAGACUCCGCUAACCCAGAAAUAUUACCUCGGGUUAAGAACUUUGCUUCAGGAUGAGAACAGAAAUUGUGCUCCAGCGACACGGCAGCAGCAGGAGGCCCCAUUAGCUAAAGUGGGCAUCAGGUUAAGAACAGUUUCAGGUUAAGGACAGACCUCCAGAACGAAUUAAGUUCUUAACCCGAGGUACCACUGUAACUGUUUUUCCUGGGACUGUAGUACCACUCCAUACUGCAGAUGGAGGGUGGCAUGUUUGAAUGAUUCUUCAGUUUUUUAAAAAACCCUAUGUCAAGAAAAAGAUAAUGUGGUUUGGUGAGGUGCAGAGAUCUGCGAUGAGGCUUCACCUGUGACUGUAAGGCCCAAGAUGGGCCUUAUUGGGGAGGCAUUCUUUUAGGUACAUGGGUUCCAAGCCAUUUAAGGAUUUGUUUUCUAGUACUAACACCAUGAAUUUGGCCCGGUAACUCACCGGCAGGCUAUACAGUGUGUUUAGGCCCGGUGACACAUGGUCCCAUUGAAGGCAGAGUAGGGAUGCACAGCAUCACAUGCGUACAGAGCAACUGCUUGAAGAAGCAAAAUGAAACACUUGGGCUGGGCCUACAGUGUUCAAGGCAGCCCCUUGCUCCAGUCUCCCACCAGUUUCUUGGAGAGAAACAAGGGCAUUGUCAGCGUCGUGGGGUGUGUGUAUCUUUAGAUUAAGAGGGAACCUGUGGGUACCCAUUCUCAUGUCUUUAAAAAGCACCAUGAGAAGCAGCCCUCAGAAGCCCAGGCUGUGGCCUGGAAGCGUUCUGUUGUGUACCGGUUUGGCUGCACUUAAAAGGAGACGGAGGGUUUCUGAGGAUUUCUUCCCAAUUUCCGAUGCUUCCUGCACUCAAUGAAUGUCCCUUGUUCCCCUCAGAAGUGAGCGGGUGCCUGCAAUUAGGGCCCUGGAGCUCUCGCGCAGUCUAUGGACAACUGUUCAAAUGGGGCGUUGUGUUUCCUGAGCCCAAGGAAAGCACAGCGUUUGUAAUGGAGAGGGCAGCGUGAGGGGGAGGGCAGCCCUGGCUGCUAUUUAUUCAUGCUCUUCAUUGUCUUUCAAACCCACCCAGAGUUUGGCAUUUUCUCCUCCACGCUUUGCCCUCUUCCCUUUUGGCAGAGGGGGAUGUUUUCCUGGGCUUCUGAAUGUAGCGGAAAUUAGCUGGGACUGGCUGGGGACACCAACAAACUUAUUUGAACUUGCUUAUCCCUCUGAGAGCGGAUGCGUUUAGGUAGUAAGAACCAGAAGGGGAGCAGGGUUGGGAGGGGAUUUCAAUGACCAGCGCUGAUUUUGUCAAGAGCUUGCUAGUGGCCUGGGAAGGAUUCACAAGGAGGUCUCUCCCACCCAAGCCGGACGCUCUUGCUUUUAGUUGCUAAUUGCAAUCUGUAAAUAUAUGAAAAGGUGCAGCAAAAUAAUAGUCCCAAGGAGGUAGAAUGGAUUCUACCGCUUCUGGGUGUUCCCCAACAUAAUAAUUUCCUUGCAGUUAGAAGUGUAGUGCAUCAUAGAGAAAAAGUUCUGGUCCCAACCCUUCGCCUGCCAUGCUGGCUUUCUGUUUGCAUGAAAUGAUUAAGAUGGGGAGCAUUUGUGACUGGGAUCUCUCCACCUGUAGGCUGAUGUGAUACAGUCCAUGUAGCCCCUGUCUUCUGUUGAAUGAGUAGAGCCUGCCCAAGUCUGGUUUCCUGGGGAGGGAUAACUAGUAAAUAAGAAGUGCAGCUAUAGGAAAGUUUCUAGCCAUACCACAGAUGCAUGUUUCGAAUGAUAUAUAUAUACACAAACCACAAUGAGCCCCCUGACUUCCUACUGUGCAUCCCUAUGCUGUCACCAACUGAUAUAAAAAUAUAGGCAAAAAUGGUAAAGGUAUAAAAUACAAACACUGAGGUAUAAGAAACCAAAAAAGAGUGGUAAGGGGGAAGAAUGAAUAAGAGAAUGCUGCUUAGCUGAGCCUUUGAGCAUUUUUAUUUCAGAUACAGCUUUGGGAGAGUCCACCAGAUUGCUUUACCAGUAUUGACCGUACAAACUUACACUAGUGUUAAAGCAAAAUAGCAGCCAAGGGGGGAGUAUGAGUAGGCUGUGAGCCUUUCUUCCAGAGCUGAUCCCCUCAGUUGCCUUGAUAUAUCUGCCUCAAGUUUUCAAAGCAAGGGGGGUCAUUCUGGUAAUAGGGCUCAUUUAGCACUCUGGAUUUGCCUCAUUUUUAAUCCUUCGGGCUUCCAAAGGUUACUCUCUCUCUUUGCUUAGGCCUACAUUGGAGGAACCUUUUCCAAAGCAUCUUUCACCUAUAAUCCAUUAUGUCUUUUCACAAACUUUUGGCCUUAACCAACAACAGUGCUCUUGGGAACAUAUAAAAAAGCUGUUGGGGAUUUGGGUGACCUUACCUGGUUUUACAAAAGGCAUGUAUAUAAAAAUAGCAAGGUAUAAACUGGGGUCUGCAUCAAUCCUUAUACAGUAAGCCCAUUUCUUGUACUCAGAAAGAGGCUUUUUGCACUCAAAAGAAAUAGAGAAACUUAUUUUGCAGCUCAUCCAUUGAGGUCAACAUCCCCUUCUCUCUUUAAAGCAAACUGCCCCUUUUGGUCAGUUCACUUACCCUGAACAACAGUCUGUCUCUGUUCUUUGUGAUCCUAGGUGUCUUCGUUGGGCGUAACCACCUUCAGUCUCUGCGCUCUGGGCAUUGACAGAUUCCAUGCGGCCACCAGUCCGCAAGCCAAGCUGCGACCCAUUGAGCACUGCCAUUCCAUCAUUGCCAAGCUGGCUGUCAUCUGGGUGGGUUCCAUGACUCUUUCCGUCCCAGAGAUCCUCCUCUGGCAGCUGGCACAAGACACCUCACCAGUCUCUGGCAUCGUGACUGACUACUGCACCAUGAAGCCUUCCCAGGACCUGCCAGAAUCUAUUUACUCUCUGGUUCUUACUUACCAGAACGCCAGGAUGUGGUGGUACUUCGGAUGCUACUUCUGCCUGCCCAUCCUCUUCACUGUCAGCUGCCAACUGGUCACUAGAAGAGUCAGCAGCCCAGACAAGACCGACUGCCGUGGCAGUAAGCACGGGCAGUGCGAGAGCCAACUCAACUGCACCGUGAUCGGCCUGACAGUGAUCUAUGGUCUCUGCACAAUUCCAGAGAACGUCAGCAAUAUCGUUGUGGCUUACCUAUCUCCUGACAUGGCCAAGCAGACCCUGGACUUGCUAAGUCUUGUCAACCAGUUCUUCUUGUUCUUCAAGUGCUCGGUGACUCCGGUGCUGCUGCUGUGCCUCUGCAAGCCGCUGGGCCAGGCUUUCAUGGACUGCUGCUGCUGCUGCUGCGACGAGUGUGGUCAGGAAGCUGCCUCCAGCGACGGCGGCUCCGACGGCAAGCUGAAAACCGAGAUGUCUUCUUCCAUCUUCUUUGACAAGCCCCGGGAAUCGCCUACCCCUGUGGGGGCGGUUGGCACUCCAUGCUAAGCUCAAUCAGCUAAGCGGGGAGCAUUAGCAGUUCUUCCACCAGCUUCUUCCCAAGACCAAAAGUUGUUUUUCUCUUUAGUUACCAGCUGGCGAAGUGGCUGGAUGGUGGAAAUGGAGCAGGGCUUGUUCCAACACCAGCUCCGAUCAGAGUGACUUAGUUAUGAGGCCUCAACAGGCAGCUCUCUCUCCUCUGCUGAACUAUUACCUAGGGUGUGAGCGCCCCCAAAUCGCAGGCACGAGCAGAGAAGGCUGCUGCCAUGAAGGAGGGGGGUGCUGAGGAAAGCUCCGCCUGCAGCCCCUCAAGGACUGAAGAGACCCCAAGUGUCUUAGAGAGGACAUAGUACAAAUUAACCCAUCUUGCAGUCGUGCAGGAUCUCACUGUCCCCUUCUCUGCUCCAGGCCCAGAGACAGCCUCCUAUACAAAAUAAGCACUACCCUAGCCUCAAUAAACCAAUACUCUAGAUAGUG